AUGGCGUCCCCGGCGCUGGCGGCGGCGCUGGCAGUGGCGGCGGCGGCGGGCCCCAACGCGAGCAGCGCCGGCGACAGAGGCGGGGGCGCCAACGGCUCGGGCGGCGCGUGGGGGCCGCCGCCUGGCCAGUACUCGGCGGGCGCCGUGGCAGGGUUGGCGGCCGUGGUGGGCUUCCUCAUCGUCUUCACCGUGGUGGGCAACGUGCUGGUGGUGAUCGCCGUGCUGACAAGCCGGGCGCUGCGCGCACCACAGAACCUCUUCCUGGUGUCGCUGGCCUCAGCCGACAUCCUGGUGGCCACGCUGGUCAUGCCCUUCUCGCUGGCCAAUGAGCUUAUGGCCUAUUGGUACUUCGGGCAGGUGUGGUGCGGCGUGUACCUGGCGCUCGACGUGCUCUUCUGCACUUCGUCUAUCGUGCACCUGUGCGCCAUCAGCCUGGACCGGUACUGGUCCGUCACGCAGGCAGUCGAGUACAACCUGAAGCGCACGCCGCGCCGUGUCAAGGCCACCAUCGUGGCCGUGUGGCUCAUCUCGGCUGUUAUCUCCUUCCCGCCGCUUGUCUCGCUCUACCGGCAGCCCGAUGGCGCCGCCUACCCGCAGUGCGGCCUCAACGACGAGACCUGGUACAUCCUGUCCUCGUGCAUCGGCUCCUUCUUCGCGCCCUGCCUCAUCAUGGGCCUGGUCUACGCGCGCAUCUACCGCGUGGCCAAGCUGCGCACGCGCACGCUCAGCGAGAAGCGCGCGCCCGGCGGCCCCGACGGCGCGUCCCCGACCACGGAGAACGGGCUGGGCGCGGCGGCGGGCGAGAACGGCCACUGCGCGCCCCCGCCCCGGCGAGCGCGCGCCGACGUGGAGCCGGACGAGAGCAGCGAGGCGGCCGAACGGCGGCGGCGGCGGGGCGCCCUGCGGCUCGGUGGUCCGCGGCGCGGCGCCGAGGGCGCGGACGGGCCUGGGCCCGGGGCGGCAGCCACGGGGGAGCCCGGCACGCUGUCGGCCGCGCGGUCCCCGGGCCCCGGCGGGCGUCUGUCGCGCGCUAGCUCGCGCUCCGUCGAGUUCUUUCUGUCGCGCCGGCGCCGGGCGCGCAGCAGCGUGUGUCGCCGCAAGGUGGCCCAGGCGCGCGAGAAGCGCUUCACCUUCGUGCUGGCAGUGGUCAUGGGCGUGUUUGUGCUCUGCUGGUUCCCCUUCUUCUUCAGCUACAGCCUGUAUGGCAUCUGCCGAGAGGCUUGCCAGGUGCCCGACCCGCUCUUCAAAUUCUUCUUCUGGAUCGGCUACUGCAACAGCUCGCUCAACCCGGUCAUCUACACCGUCUUCAACCAGGACUUCCGCCGCUCCUUCAAGCACAUUCUCUUCCGACGGAGGAGAAGGGGCUUCAGGCAGUGA